GAUGUCUCCAAGGACGCCAGAUGCCUGUUCCGCCUCAACCCCUGAAGAUAAUGAUGUCUCAUUAAGGGAGGCUUUGUUGGUAUCGAUCACAAAACAGAAUGCAAAUUGCAUGCAUGCUUUCUUCAUGGUCAACGUUUUCUCUAAAGUGAAUGAAAAUCAACAUUACCUGAAAGAAGAAGGCAAUAACGAGAUGAUGAUAAUGAAUUGAUGGCCCAGGAAACAUUCGUAAAUUCAGACACCACCAAUCAUCUUUCAAGGCUGUUUAAAAUUCAGACAUUUUAAUAACGGCAAUAUGUACUUGUGUGUGGCAUUUAUACAUUUUAACAUAAGUUAAGUGGAUAUUUGAAAAUUUUGAAAAUGAAAUACAAACUUUAUCUUUGCUUAACAAUUGCAAAGAGGUGCAUGACAGGCAAUAUUAGACUGAAUUAAACAUUCUAAUGAUAAUGGCGGAAGGAACAUCAGAGAAAUCCUCUGCAACUGUAGAGAAAGAGGUACAAGACAAGUUAUCCGAUAGUGACGUUGAGUUCAUCGGUCAAAAACAUCAUUCUGUCUUAAUAGAUGGAUUUUCUACUUUUCUCCAGAAUGGUCAGUUCUGUGACGUAACACUUGUCACCAAACAACAGCGAUUUCCAUGCCACAAGGUCAUCCUCAGCUCAUUUUCUGCUUUCUUCAAAUCUAUGUUCACAAUUGGAAUGAAAGAAAGUGAGCAAGACGAAAUUAAUUUGGGUGUUUUUGAAGAUAACCUCAUCAAAAAAAUGCUUGAUUUUAUCUACAAUGGCAAGGUGACAAGCGUAGGCGAUACUGUUGAUUUGUUGCCUUUAGCUGUAUAUUUCCAAAUAGAGUCGCUACAGGCAAUUUGUGAACAAACUUUAAGCAAUGCGAUUAAUCUGGAUAAUGUGUGCAGUUUAUGGAAAACCUCAAAGGAAGAUUUCCCUCAGCUAACGAACUUACAGUGCGCAUGUCAAAGCUAUGUACUACAAAACUUCUGUAAAUUUGCAAAAACGGCAGACUUUCUCGAACUUGAAAGUCAGGACUUGAUUUGCCUUAUUUCUCACCAGAAGUUGAAAGCAAGCACAGAAGCAUUUGUUUGCAUGGCUGUGACUAAGUGGUUUCAGUUCAAUCUAACUGAAAGAAAGGAACUUCUAUAUGAAGUAUUCCAUAAUGUUCAUUUUCCAUUGUUGAAAAUGCAAUUUAUUGAAGAAAAAUUUCCAUUUUUUCAGGAGACAGCUCUACAAAGUCUAAUGGAUGAAACAAGAUCGUUUUCAGAAAAUCUUGGCAUUCAAGCCGACUUCCAUUCUGUACGAAGUGAAUUCCGGCCGUGCUAUGACCGUGAGAAAGUGCUAGUGGUGUUGGGUUUAUUUUGAGAAUUAUUCUCACAGU